AUGUUCUCCCUCGAGGAAAGUGCCACCCCGUUGGGGCAUGAGAUGAGAAAAUACUUCUCGUUUGCCCCGGGAUAUCGGAAUCUCAACCAUGGAUCCUUCGGCACUUUCCCCAUGGCCAUACGCCAGAAGGCCGACGAGCUGCGCACCCAAUGCGAGGAGCGUCCCUGUGCGUUUCUCAAAUACCAGUACGAUGUGUUGCUCGAGGAAUCGCGCGCCGCCAUGGCUGCCUUCCUGAACGUGCCCGUGUCCACCAUCGUCUUCGUGAUGAAUGCCACCACGGGCGUCAACACAGUACUGCGCAAUCUUGACUGGUGCGACUCCGACGAGAUCAUCCAGCUAGACGUCAUCUACGGUGCCUGUGGCAAAUCCACCGAAUAUGUUUGCGAGUCCAACAACGACCACGUGCGCACUAGAGAAGUCUGUGUCCACUAUCCCGUUGAGGACGACCACCUUGUAUCCGCCUUUCGCGACGCCAUCCACGCCUCGCGUCGCGCCGGUCGCACUCCGCGCAUCGCCAUCUUUGACACCGUCUGUUCGAACCCGGGGAUCCGUCUACCCUUUGAGGCGUUAACGGCCCUCUGUCGCGCCGAGGGAGUGCUGAGUCUGAUCGACGCUGCCCAUGGCGUCGGCCAUGUCGCUCUGGACCUCGCGGCCUUGGACCCGGACUUCCUGGUGAGCAACUGCCACAAGUGGCUAUUUACGCCGCGUGGAUGCGCCGUCUUCUAUGUGCCGCACCGCAAUCAGGCGAUGAUGCGCAGCACCCUACCGACUAGCAAUGGAUUCGUCCCCCGAUCGGCGCGUGACCCGACCAGCGACGACCCGACAGAUUUCGUGCGUAACUUUGCCUUUGUCGGCACUUUCGACAAUAUUCCCUUCCUUACCGUUCCCGCCGCUAUUGCCUGGCGUCAUCAUGUCUGUGGGGGAGAGUCCAGGAUCCGCGCAUACUGCACCAACCUGGCACGCGAGGGGGGGCGACGCGUGGCGGAAAUCCUGGGGACCACGGUGUUGGACAAUGCCACCCACACCCACACGGACUGCUGCCUGGUCAACGUGCGGCUGCCGAUCCAAGCUGGGUACAGUGUCCGCCUUACCUGGAAGGGAGAGCCAGCCACCCCGACAGAUUGGAUGCAGAAGACACUGAUCGAAGACUAUCACACCUUCCUGCCAGUGUUUCCCUUCCAGGACGAGUGGUGGGUGCGUCUCAGUGGCCAGAUCUACCUGGAGAUGAGUGACUUUGAAUGGGCCGGUCAUACACUCGUGGAGUUGUGUCGGAGAUUUCAGGAUGCAUUAUCCAAUGUUGAUUGA